CCUAGGUACAAGUCCCUGCCCAACCUGAGGUUCAACUCCUCUCCUGCACGCGCCUCGGUUAUCGCCCAGCACACUCUUUAGUCUCUUUACCAUGUCGCGCCUACGACAACGUUAGCAACGAUCUCAAAUGAUGCAUCGAUCGCACUCCGCAUCGCCUAUCGCAAAAUGGACAGUUCCGAGUUAAUGAGCUUCCAGGAAGCCAUCGAAAGGGGAGACAUCCAGGCUGUGGCUUCCUUCAUCGAACAGGGUGUCGACCUCAACCUGAGGUUUAUCUCCUGGGAGAAGGUACCGUACAAGGACUCUGCAAGUCGCAUCUUCUCCCUGGGAGACCCUGGGACCCCUCCUCUUCGAGGCAAGCCCUCUAGACCAUGCUGUAGCACAUGACCAGGCCGAAGUUGUCGAUCUUCUGAUAGCACGUCGUGCAGACGUGAAUCUCAAGGGCGGAUAUGAGCCGGCGCUUCAUCUGGCUGUACAGAAUGGCAACGUCGACAUGGUCCGGAAGCUCAUCCAAGCUGGCGCCGACGUCAACAAGCCGACAUGGCAUUUCCCACACAUGGAAACAUACGAGACCGAAGUUGGCGCAGGAAGCUUGGGAGUGGAAACCAGCUCGGUUGCAAUGCAACUUGCAAGAAUAUACGAGAAAGCACAUGCAUCAUCCCGAGCACGUCACGAAAUGCUAUGGGAGGACACCACGGCUCUUUCGAAGGCUAUCCAGAGCAACAAAACGGAAAUUGUCCGCUUGUUGCUUGCCAGUGGCGCCAAUCUGUACCCCCAGUGUAUAUACCACGCCGCCGAGAGUGCGGAUCUGGAUCUCUUGCGACUCGUCCUGUCACACCAGUCGGCUUCUCUCAUCGACAUCAACUCUCUGGCGGGAGAGCUCGGCACGCCACUUCAAGCGGCUGUAAUGCGGAAGCACGGUGCCAAUGAAAUCUGUUCUCUGCUUAUUCAGUAUGGUGCAGACAUAGUAGUACGCGCCAAUGAAGGCAAGUCCAGCCUGCAGCCCAUCGUCGGGAUUGUGGCCAGGGUACUGCUUGACGCACUGGACAUGGUGAUCAAGCGCGGUCUUAUACAUGACGAGACCGCUACUAGUACAGCAUCACUCCCUGCAAGGUUUACGAUCCUCCACCUUGCUGCUUGCUUCCGCAACCGGGCCAUCCUACAGCGUCUUCUCAGAACCCGCGCCAAAGCUUUUAUUAACUACCAGGAUGCCUUUGGAAGCACGCCACUGCAUCUAGCGGCCUUGUCUUUUGACGACGCAUUUUGGGCGGUCGGAGAAGUCACUCAUGGCGGAGUACACCAUUCUUGGCGCGAUCUGGACCACCUGCGAGACAGUGACACCUCCAUCGCCCAAUACCUGGUAGAGCACGGAGCGAGGGGUGACAUUCUUGACUUCAGCGGGACAACCGCACUGAAGAUUAGUCUUCGCUCCGUCGAGCUUGCAAGGGUUAUCUUCGCGGCCAGUCCGAACCACAAUAUCCCAGGUCGAAAAUGGAGGAGCCUGUAUACGGAUUUUAGCCGACAAGAACGCGACGGACCGCAAGCUGAGCCCAAGCUUAUCAGGUUCUCAGCAUCUCACUUUGGUCUCAUUAGUAAGAGCGAGCUUUUCCAGAUAUUGGCACCGGGCGCCACCAGAUUCCUGGCUCUUCGACUCGGAAGACUCCUUGAAGGAGCGCUUUCUAAUCUUUACUGGACCAACGAGAUUUCCCUAUCAGUACCACCACAAGGGGUUCCGGUGCAGCUGGUGGCGCCGGAUCACGACCUUAGAUGACACGGAGUUCCAUUUUGAUUACGAGAGCAUGCCCAGUCGUAUAGCAGUCGAGCAAGGCCUUCCAGAAAUGGGUGGGUUUUGAAGCUUUGCUUAAGGUUUAUUGCCUACACAUCCAUAACUACCAGACAUAUGUACGGUCAGCUGUCAUUCAGGUCCACUCCCUUAGCGGUCACGGUUCCACAUCAUAGGUAGAUUUUGCCGGAUGUACACUCAAAUCUUGCCAUGAUUGUUCCGCAAGAAAGUCACCUUCAACAUUUCAGGGCAUCAUUGGAUAUAAGCUCAAGGCUGAUUCGUCUCGGCGCUAACCCCUU